AUGGCGGCCCCGAGAACGCCGUCCAAGGCGCGCCAUGUCGACGUUUUAGUGCCGUCCGCCGCUCCGCCUCGACCGAUGAAGGCUCUCUCGCCGCUCAGAACCUCCAGCACGACCUCGCUCCUCUCUCCUCAAGCCGCCAAGCCUGUCAACAUUUUUGCGCCGGUCUCGAAGGGUUCGACCACAGGAGCAGGUGGUGUGACGGACGAUUGGCGACUUGAAAAUGGCCGCAUCGUCUUGGUUAACGCUCCGAGCCACCUCCGGAUGCUCUCUUCAUGCUCUUGGCUACAUCAAUACGAACAUGCGCGUUACCUACACGCAGGCUUGUCGCAAAGCGCCGUCCAAUUGCCUUGCUACCCUUACAAGAUCGUCGACGGAGUCGAGCGGGAUCACCUCGACGAGAUGUCCUCCUAUCUCGCCGCCGCUCUCCUCCCUCGCCGAAUUAAGCCGUACGACCGCGGCCUGCUCGUCGAAGUCCCGCAGUACGAGUCGAAGAAGGAGCUCGAGGCCGCUUUUAAGCGCGGGACGAUCCACUUCUCGAGCAACUUGUCGAUUGCGAGGGACGGGAAGGCGAAGCCUGAGCGAUUGAGCGUGAGAUUGGCGCCUCCAGCGGCGGGGAUGGGUUCGGCGCUGUAUCGGCGAUUCGGCAGCGACCGCUUCUUCCGUCUCGUUUUGGAGGACGACCUCGUCCGGCGAGCAGGAACACCCCUCGACAGCAACCCCUCCUCGACGAAAGGCGAAGACCCGAUCCGAUCCGCUAUCAAGACCUUCUUCGACCAUCCUCUCGUCCUAUUCGGCCGACAGUACCGACCGUUUUGCUGGAAAGACGGGACGGCGGUGUAUUGGGCCGAGAGCGGCGAGGGAUUGGAGACGAUUUCGCUCGUCGACUUUGCGCAGCGGUACCUUGACGUCGAGCUCAACGGGUCGAUGUCGGUUGCCAAGUACGCCGCUCGGUUCGAGCUGGGUUUGACGACGACCACCCCGACCGUCAUCUUCCGCUGUGAACAAGUCUUCCGCACGCCGGACAUCAACAGCGACACGCUCAAACUCUCCUUCUCCGCCAUGAAUGCCAUUUGCGACGAGUUCCGCUCGAAGAUGCCGCUCGAGGCGCAGCGACUUCUCCCGCCUCCUUACGUUCCAAGCUGUAUCCGCGGGUCGGUCAAGCCUUACGCCGGCGCACCUUCGGUUGAGAUGGUCUGGCAGCUGGACUACGCCACCAUCGACUCGCCCUCGUCCGACGUGUUCAUCCAGCUCCGACCAUUCGAGCAGGGCCGAACGCGACCCAUUCUCAAGUUCCACCUUGUCGACAAAGACGGCAGCGUCUACAGCUGCAUCGGUCCGACGACCCUCAAGCCGGUCUGGGUCGAGGGACCGCCUGAUCAGAAGGAAGAAGUCGUCAUGACGGACGGCUGUUCGCUGAUCAGCAUGGGUGCGAUGCGGGUCGUCGCACAGAAGCUCGCUGCGUCCGGGCGAGAAGCGAAGGUGACGGCGGCUGCGAUGCCUACAGUCGCGCAGGGACGUAUCGGACCGGGCAAAGGCGUCUGGACACUCGCUCCUCGAACGCCUUGGAACCGCUGGACGGCUCAAGGCGACAACGACGUCUGGAUCGAGGUCCGGGACAGUCAAUGGAAGUUCAAGGACCACAGGACGGAGAGCUUCACGUUCGAAUUGCACAGCGUACCGAGCGGGAAGACUGGGUCGAAGCUUGGGAAGCAGAUGUUUGAGGUCCUCGCACACUGCGGCGUGCCGACAAACGUCUUUCGCGAGAUGCUGAAGAAGCAGAUUGACGAAAUUCGACGAGUCCUGUGGGACUAUCCCGACCUCCCGACGUUGCUCUACCACGUGCAGAGGCAGUGCAACAUUCUCGAAGACCGCACCUCGAAGGCUCGCAUCACGUCGAAUCCCGGUAGCCUCAAACGGACGAACAGCGACGGCCCAGGCGCUUUCGACGAUGACCUUGACCAGGUCGACGAGCAGCAAGAGCAGGACGUCACGAGCUUCGUCCAGGAUGCGAGGUUGGACCCAACAUCUGGCGCGCCCAACACGGUCGCCGAGGUAGUCGUCGAGAUGCUGCAAUCCGGCUUCGACCCUCGCCAGAACCCGCACCUCGCCGACAAGCUCAAGCGCGUCGAGGAGAGCUUGAUCCGGAAGCAAAUCAGCUUCCGCAUCGCCGAAGACUACUCGUAUACCGCCUUCGUCGUCGCCGACCACCUCGGCAUCCUCGAUGAGGGCCAAUUCUUCUUCCAGCUGAGCGAGCGUCCGCUCGAUGCCAACGGCUUGCAGAUCGGUGCCGUCCUCGGUCCGGCUCUCCUCACUCGGUCGCCAGCAAUUCAGCCGUGCGACAUACAAAAGGCGACAGGUGUGCUUUGUGAAGCGUACGCGGCGUAUUGCGACGUAAUCAUCGUCUCGACGAAGGGCGAGCGGUCGCUCUGCUCGAUUCUCUCCGGCGGAGACUACGACGGCGACAAGCUCGUCGUCAUGACCAACCCUGAGCUCGUCGCCGGGUUCGACUCGUCAAAAGCUAACCCUUCCUUCGCCGAUCCUCCUUUCGCCGACCCCGACUGGUUCGAAGUCGACCGCCGACGAGUCGUCGAUCACGUCAAGCCGAUGAUCGACUCGCACGAUGACGCGGCCCUUGCGCGCGCCUUCAUGGAGGGGUUGCAUGCUGGCACGCAGUACGGCGUUCUCUCAGUCUAUCACACCACGCUAGCCUACACGCUUGGCUUGGACCACCCGCUUACGUCUGAGGCGGGCCACCUCUUCUGCAAGGCGCUCGACGGUCGGAAGCAGGGCUUCUCGUUCUCGCCCGACAAGUGGAAGGAGCUGAAGGCCACCUUUUUCGAGCCGUACAAGGACAAGCCGCGGUGGACGCUCUGCGAGGACGGCAAGACCGCGGCGAAAAACGUCAAGUACGCCAAGAGGCCCGCUGAGCAGGGCAAGCAUGUGAUGGACGAGCUCAUUCGCGAAGGCGAGAAGGCCGUUGACGCCGCCAAGAUGAGCUGGUCCGACCGACUCGACAGCCUCGUCUACACCGUCGAAGGAGAUCUCGCCGACCCUUGGACUACGGCGUGGGAACCGGCUGCCAAUGCUCGCCACGCUUCGCCUGCGCUCUUCGACGACCUCUGCGUCAUUCUCGAGCACGUCAAGUCCAUCUACGCGCAGUACAGGCAGCUUUUCUCCGAAUGGCGCCGCGACCGCGAGCUGCGCGACCGUACCGAGUGCGCAGCCGGCGCACCAGGCUCGCCGACCAAGUCACCCAGCAAGAGCAAGGAAUGGAGCGGCUCGUCAAAGAACCAGAAGGAGGCGCUACUACAGCUCUCGAAGCGCUUCUGGAGUCUCGUCGUAGACAAUGCGUUUCAAUCGGCACAUUUGCAGGGUCCGGCGGGCGCAGCGAAUGUGCGGGUGCUCAUGGCUUCUUGCGCUUACAUCGAACCCCUCGUACCGACCUUCGUCCCGCCAGCGAACGGUGUCACGCUACUCCGCCGCCUCCAGGACGCUUCUCCCGCUCGCCCACCUGCUAUCGCCGUCACCGAAGCCCUCGCCAUCUCGACCUCGUCAUCCGAAGUCACCGUACUUCACGCAAAGGAGGUGACGGUCCCGAAGGCUCCCGCGGCGGAAGAUGUUGAAAUGGAGGAUUCGUAUGGCGACGACGGUUUGGCGUGGUCGCAGAUCCCGGACGACCUGACGCAAGCUGCGGUCACCUCGCUCGGCUCGACAUCGUCUUCGCAAACCGCCACGGUUGUCGUCUCCUCUUCGCACCCUUCCAACAGCACCCUGACAGCGCCGCCUUCUCCCGCCGCAGCACCCCGUUCACCUGCCAAAGCUCCUCCUGCCUACUCCUCCUACCGUGCCAGACCCUUCCGCGACGUUGCCGGGCGCAGCGAGAUCCGUUUCUGCUACGACAUGGCGCAUCGAGACGUUCUCGCUUUGCGGGCCGACUCGCUCACUCGCGCUCUGCACGGCGACAACCCUGGCGCGACGGGCAUCCAGGCGCCCAAGAUUACGCCACACAUCCUCGACGUCUUGCAGGUCGCGAAACGCUGCGCGACGCUUGCGCAAGCCCGCACGAAGGUCCGCCCGCGGACGCUGCUCAAGACAGCAGACGACUCCCCGCCGGUCUCGCUCGGCUCGCCAGCGAAGAAGGCGCGUUGGACCUGA